AUGAGUGUUUCAGAAGCGGCAACUUCUGCUUUAACAAGAGUUGAAGAGAUUAUAAAAUUAUAUGGACCACGUUUAUGCGGUGACGAAUCAACACACAAAGCUGCGGAGUAUCUUAAAAAAGAUAUGGAAAAUUAUUGUGAUACCACAAAGUUGGAGACAUUUAAAGUGAAUCCAAAGGCUUUUCUCUCUUGGGUAAAGAUAGCUGAUGUCCUUUAUGUAAUAUCGAUCAUCUUGGCAUGGAUGAAUGUACCUAUAUUCGGUGCUCUUUCUGAAAUGUUGAUAGUUAUGUAUUACGUAUUUGAAAAUGUUUUAUUUAUGAAGUUUGCAGAUAGAUUUUUCCCAGAAAAGAUUGGAAAGAAUGUUUAUGGUAUUAUUGAGCCAACAGAAGAAGUUAAGAAUACAGUUGUAUACUCAGGUCAUCAUGAUAGCGCAUUCAUUUUUGGCUUUUACGAGUUCCUUCCAAAUCUUUUUAUUAUCAGAGCAGCGGUGGGCCUUUUAACACCAUUGGUCUUCUCGCUUGCCAUGUUCUACGAGUCCUUCUUAUUAUUCCAAAGCGGACAGGGACAAUUCAAUUUCUUUGGAGAAAUUCCAGCCCUUUCUCGCAAGAUGAACAUAUUCUUCCUAUUCUACACACCAAUUGCUCUCUCAUCUUGGAACUUUGUUAAGAACACAGGCACACCAGGUGCAGGAGAUAAUUUAAUUGCUUCUUCAAUCGGUGUUGAACUUGCUAAGUACUUCUCAGAGCACAGACCUAAGAACACAAGAGUCGUUAUUGCAUCAUUCGAUGGCGAAGAAGCCGGACUUCGUGGUGCAAGAGCUUUCUGGGACGCUCAUGCAAAGGAAUACCAGGAUGCUUACAAUUUCAACGUCGACUCACCAUUCUUCCUCAAAGAAUUGACCCUCCUUAAGUCAGAUAUCAAUGGAUUCCAGCCUCUUGACCAAAAGAUGGUUGAUGAUAUCAUUGAAAUCGGUAAGAAGAACAAUCUCCAAGUCAACCAGAAAGAUCUUUUGUUAUUACUUGGCGGAACAGAUGCUGCUGAAGCUGCUAGACAUGGUGUUCGCACAACAACUUUAAUUGGCUUACCAUGGACUGUUGGAAACUACCAACCUGUUUAUCAUACAAUGCUUGACAAGCCAGAAAACGUCGAACCAGAAGCAGUUGAUGGUGUUUUCACACUUGCAAGAGAAUUCAUUUUGUCAAAAGACCAGUAA